CACGUCCACGCAAUCGCCCGAACGAACGUCUAGAGCGCCUCCACGUCACCCGUAGGGACCGUAAUGCGUCCAUGAACCCGCACACGCCACGGUAGGUUCCCCAGUUCCCCCUCCGUCGACCUCGAGGACCCCUCCUCACUCUCUCCGCAGGCAGAGCGGAGCAGCGAGCCCGAAGCAAUGGAUAGAUACCAAAGGGUGGAGAAGCCUCGGAAUGAGACACCCAUUCGUGAGAAUGAGAUCAGGAUCACUGCGCUCGGGAGGAUGAGGAACUAUAUCGGCUACGGGAUGUCGUUGCUUGAGGAAAAUGGGCAUGAUGAGAUCACUAUCAAAGCCAUGGGACGAGCCAUAAAUAAGACGGUCAUGGUUGCUGAAUUGAUCAAGAGAAGGGUUGCUGGUCUCCAUCAGAAUACGUCUAUUGAAUCUGUUGGCAUCACUGACACAUGGGAGCCUCUGGAAGAAGGCCUUGUCCCGCUAGAGACAACUCGUCAUGUAUCAAUGAUUACCCUAACAUUGUCCAAGGAACCAUUGGAUACGUCAUCUCCAGGGUACCAGCCACCCAUACCAGCUGAAGAGGUGAAACCUGCUUUUGAUUAUGAACAUGAAGGAUCCUUUCCCUCUGCUCGUGGGAGAGGUCGUGGUGGACCUGGUGGCGGCCGAAGGGGCAGGGGCAGAGCUAUUAGCAAUGGACCCCCUCCUUAUGACUGGGGUGAAGAAUGGGAGGAGGAUGGAGACUAUUACUACAAUGGUAGAGGCAGAGGGAGAGGCCGGCUAAGAGGAAGGGGAAGAGCCCGUGGCUACUAUGGAGGUGGUCGACGUGGUGGCUAUGGCUAUGAUUACGGUUAUGGUGGCAGGGGCGGCUACUAUGAAGAGCAGGGUGGAUACUUUGAUGGCGAACCAGAUGAGUAUCACCCCCCUCCAGGCCGUGGGCGUGGCAGGGGAAGAAGAAUGGAGCAGAGUGAAUACUACAAUGGCGAACCAGAUGAGUAUCGCCCUCCUCCAGGCCGUGGUAAGCUCGGUCUCACGUACCAUCUUUCUGUGCCUUUUGCAUGCCCUUUCCUCUCAUGGCUCCUAUCCUCCAUUGCUUCGCAGGGCGUGGCAGGGGAAGAUGGAUGGAGCAGAAUGAAUACUUCGACGAACCUUAUGAAUACCCCCCUCCAGGCCGUGGUCGUGGCAUGGGAAGAAGGGGAGGCCCAUGGCGCGCCCGAGGCCGCGGGCGUGGUCCGAUGCUAGAUUGAACUGGGGCAUGCAAACCGCAAGCCAUGAAGCUAGCACUGCUGCGCUUAAUUACCUAAUAAUGGUUUUUGCUUACGGUGUUGCUCCAUGUAUGGGGCUCUCUGACGUGAAUCUUUAUGGCCUCUGAUGCUGUACGACUUGCCGCCGGGCAAAUUUUAUGUGGCUUACCUGUGGUUUGUUUAGCUAGGCCAGCCAGCAAAGUACCUCAACACCUAGUAGAACGUGUGAAAUACCUGUAUGUUUCAGCCUCCCGUGUAGUUAUCUCGGGUUUUAGCUCUCUGUGGAUGUGAGUGCCGAGUAGGCUUGUUUGCUUCGAA